AUGAAACGCUCCGCUGUUACGUACGACAUCGCCGACGGCAGAACUCGUCCGGCUAAGAGAGCUGCCACUUCUACCACCAAGAAAGCUGCUGCUUCUACUAAGAAAACUACCGCUUCUACAAAGAAGGCUUCUGCUUCCAAGGAAUCUUCCUCCAAUGGAACAGCAGCAGCGCCGCCCUCGCAACCUUUGGAUGAUUCCCUUGGAAAGCGCACCAAGACACCGUUGGGACCGAAGGGAGAGCUCAUGAUCCCGCAAGUCCUGCCGAGAGAGUCCGUCAAAGCCAUUGAAAAGCUGCUUCUACCACGAGGAUGGGUGCGCACUAUCGAUGCUACCCCAGAGCGUAGCCUCAGUCUCUCAAACAGGCGAUGGUGGGAGGCGAACGGCCUUUGGCUCGAAUCGAAUAAGAAAGCCCUGGGCUUGACUGCCAAACAGUGGAAGAUGAAAGAAGAGGCACUUGCCACAGGUUCGCCUCUCGGAGAAGACGAUGCAAACACCCCCGAAGAAUUCAUCUGCAUUUACCCGCUGGAAGACGAAGAAGACUCCAACGACGGAGACGGAGAAGACGAUGACGAUGACGAUGACGAUGACGAUGACGAAGCGAGAGGAAGCGGAAACAAAGCGAGCGCUGCAGACAAGGAAACCAAGAAAAAGGAAGCUGAAGCAAAAGAGGAGGCCCUUUGCGACCGCGUGGGAAAACUUGCUUCUCGACACCCAGAGCAUCUCUGGGUUUCUAGUCUGGGUGGCUACGAGCGGUUUAAAUGGUGGACGCAAGAGAUCUGCAAGCGAAACCAGGACGACUACUCUCUCCACGUCUACAACGACUUUAGCUGGUAUGGAACCAUCGAAGUCCUGGAGAAUUUGUUUGUGCAGUUCGAACGCGUUGUCAAGUCCAAAACCGCUCAACCUUUGGAAGUAUGGCGAGAGGUUGAAGGACUUGCAUUGCUUCUAGCCAGCGGUAACGCCGUAUUCGAAAUGUGCGAUGAUGGCGAACGGUGUGAGCGAGUUUUGGAGCUCUUUGGAUCCAUGACAAUCGCCGGUAUCGACGUGCUUCAGAAAAAGGGUCUCUUCACUAAAGAUUCCACUAUUCCCAACAUUUCGAUGAUGCUGUCUCUUCUCAUCAGAUAUGCAUGGUCGAUGGGCCGCGGCGACUUUGGCCUCGAGGAUACUGUGACUUGGAUCUUUUAUGUUUAUCAACAGACCGAGGCUGCAGGUAUAACUUUGGGUGGACCAUCUGGAUUUGAAAAGAUUCUCAAGGAGAUCAAGAACGAAGCUCCAGAACAUGAGGGAGCAUCGCUUUCCAAGGUGGCAAAGGGCACAUUCACCAGCAAGGGGUACUCCUAUGGAGGCGGUGGAGGUGGGUUGAUGUUCUAG